UUUUAAGUAAUAAAUUCUCUUGUGAUCUUGGUAGUUUUUUUAAUGCUAUUCAAAUUUCUGUUAUUUAGCCUGUUUGUAAAACAAAUUAAGUUUAAAAUGUUGUAUAAAGUUUUAUGACUUAUUUAAACAUUUAUUUAAGAUAAAUUUAGUAAAUAUGAGUAAUGUUUAGAUAUAUUUUUGUAACUGCUCAUUGAUAUAUUUAGUUUUUAAUAAUAUUUUUAUAAAUCUUGAACUGAUCUACUAUGGAUGAUUUUGGUGCCGAGUUAUUUGACGAGUUUGAAAAACCAUCUGUCAGCUCUAUCACACUGAUACCACAAAAAAUUGAUGAAAUCCAACAAGAAACAACUGAAAAUUCUUCGAAAAGAGCAUUGCAACUUUCUGAUGAUGAAGAAGAUAGUUCAAAAAAACCAAAAAACCCAGAUGAACUUUUUUUUUCACAGAACUUUGAGUUGUCUGUUCCGAGAAUCAAAAUUUUUGCUGUAGAAUCUCUGGAUGGAGAAUCUUGCAUACAUGAAAUUGCAAUUCCUCCAAAUUUUGAAUACUUACCUUUAGAUCGUAACACUAAUAAACCUCCAGCUAAAGUGUAUGAAUUUGAGUUGGAUCCUUUCCAAAAAGAAGCUAUUGCUUGUAUUGAAGGUAACCAAACAGUCCUUGUUUCGGCACACACUUCAGCUGGCAAAACUGUAGUAGCUGAGUACAGUAUUGCUUUGUCAUUAAGAGAAUCAAAACGUGUAAUAUAUACUACACCAAUAAAAGCAUUGAGUAAUCAGAAAUAUCGAGAAUUUCAUGAAGAAUUUGGAGAUGUUGGUUUAAUUACUGGUGAUGUUACUAUAAAUCCAUCCGCAAGUUGUUUAAUUAUGACCACUGAGAUUUUGCGAUGUAUGUUAUAUCGAGGGUCAGAAGUUCUGAAGGAAGUAGGAUGGGUGAUUUUUGAUGAAAUUCAUUAUAUGAGAGAUAAAGAACGAGGCUAUGUUUGGGAAGAAACAUUGAUUUUAUUACCUGACAAUGUUCGUAUGGUUUUCUUAUCAGCUACAAUUCCAAAUGCUAGACAGUUUGCUGAAUGGGUAGCUCAUUUACACAAUCAACCAUGCCAUGUUGUGUAUACAGAGUAUAGACCUACUCCAUUACAACAUUACAUUUAUCCAACAGGAGGGGAUGGAUUACAUUUAAUUGUUGAUGAACAUAAUAAAUUUCGUGAGGAUAAUUUUGCUACAGCAAUGAAUGUUCUAACAGCUAAUACACAACCAAUAAAAAAUUAUGGACAACCAAAUAGACCAACAGUGAACAAUCCAGAAAAUGAAUCUCAUUGCUUUAAAUUAGUUAGAAUGAUAAUGGAGCGCAACUUUGCCCCAGUAAUUGUGUUUUCAUUCAGUAAAAAAGAUUGUGAAUUAUAUGCAAUGCAAAUGGCCAAGUUAGAUUUUACAUCAGAUGUAGAAAAAGAACUGAUUGACAAAUUAUUUGAAAAUGCUACUAAAGUAUUAAGUGAAGAUGAUCGUAAAUUACCAGCUGUAAUAAAUAUCGUUCCUUUAAUACGGAGAGGUAUUGGAAUCCAUCAUGGAGGUCUUUUGCCUAUACUGAAAGAAACUAUUGAAAUUCUAUUUGGUGAAGGACUAUUAAAAGUUCUUUUUGCAACUGAAACAUUUGCUAUGGGUUUAAACAUGCCAGCUAGAACAGUAUUAUUCACAGCUUGUCGAAAAUUUGAUGGAAAAGAACGAAGAUUUAUAACAUCUGGAGAGUAUAUACAGAUGUCUGGUAGAGCAGGUAGACGAGGUUUGGAUGAUAAAGGAAUAGUAAUGUUGAUAAUAGAUGAAAAAGUUAGUCCAGAUACUGUUAGGAAUAUUGUGCAAGGAAAACCAGAUCCUAUAAAUUCAGCAUUUCAUUUGACGUAUAAUAUGGUUUUAAACUUAAUGCGUGUUGAAGAAAUUAACCCAGAAUAUAUGUUAGAAAGAAGUUUUUUUCAGUUUCAAAAUCAAGCAGCCAUACCAGAACUUGCCGACAAAGUUAAACAAUUAUCUGAUGAAAAAAGUAAGAUAAUUGUCAAAAAUGAAUAUGAUGUUCGAUCAUAUUUUCUCAUUCGCCAGCAACUAGAAACAUUAGCUGAAGAAUAUCACAAAUUUAUCACUAGUCCCAAAAAUCUUAUACCAUUUUGUAAUCCUGGGAGACUUGUAAAAGUAAAACGUAUUGAUAUUGAUUUUGAUUGGGGUGUAAUAGUAAAUUUUAAGACUGUUAUGAAGAGCAAACAUGAAGGUGGUGGUAUAUCAGAAGCAAUAUUGAGUGUGCUUUUGAAUUUAGAAAAAUCAAUUGACAAAAGUGAAGAUGAACCAGUACCUUGUCCACCGGGGAAGUUGGGAGAACCUGAAAUAGUUCCAGUUAAACACACUAUGAUACAAGAAAUAAGUUCAUUACGAUUAAAUAAAAUGCCAAAUGAUUUAAGAUCACGUGAUUCAAGAAUGUCUUUGUAUAAAAAUGUUAAAGAAGUUCUUCAAAGAUGCCAGACUGAUGUCCCUGUAUUAGAUCCCAUUAACGAUAUGAAAAUAAAAGAUCCAGAGUUUGAUACAAUAGUUGAACAAAUUGAAAAAUUUGAAAGUAGACUUUUUGCUCAUCCUUUACAUGAAAAGGAAGACAUAGAUGAACUUUAUGCUCAGUAUUUAGAAAAAGAUAAAAUAGAUCGUGAACUCUUGAAAGCAAAAUCAGAAUUGAAAAAAGCAAUGUCGUUAAUGCAAAUGGAUGAUCUGAAAUGUCGUAAACGUAUUCUGAGACGUAUGGGUUAUUGUACUGCUGCUGAAGUAAUAGAAACUAAAGGAAGAAUUGCAUGUGAACUUAGCAGUGCUGAUGAAUUAUUAAUGACUGAAUUAAUAUUUAAUGGUGUAUUUAAUGAGUUGUCUGUUCCUCAAUCUGUAGCUUUACUCAGUUGUUUUGUAUGUGAUGAAAAAAGUAAUGAAAUGCCUGCAAAAUCUGCAGAACUUGCUGGUCCUUUAAGAAAAAUGCAGGAACUCGCAAGAAAAAUAGCUAAAGUGUGUAAGGAAGCCAAAUUAGAAAUUGAUGAAGAUGCUUAUGUUGAGGGUUUUAAACCAUUUUUGAUGGAUGUCUGUUAUGAGUGGUGUCGAGGUGCUUCAUUUUAUCAGAUUUGUCAAAUGACUGAUAUAUUUGAAGGAAGUAUUAUAAGAGCAAUGAGACGAUUAGAAGAAAUUUUGAGACAGCUAAUUCAAGCAUCUAAAAGCAUUGGAAAUACUGAUUUAGAAAUUAAAUUUAGUGAGGCAAUUAAAAUUGUUAAAAGAGAUAUUGUAUUUGCUGCUAGUCUUUACUUAUAAAACUUAACUGUUUUAAAAUAUUAACUUUAACUUUUUAAUUAAAUGACAACUUAUUUUGUAUUGUUAACGAUA